AGCGGGGAGCGCAGUGCCGUGCCUGAAUGCAGUCUCAUCCUGUUUAGUAUUCACUGUGCGCAGCGCCUAGAGGCCCCGGAGGGCUCACCUGCCCGGAGUCUAGACGCACUCUCACGCGCAUCAGACAGCGGAAUCGAACCAGCUUUACAGUCCGGGAGGGUGUCACUCAGGAGAAGGUCGGUCCCACCACCCAAGGGAGAAGACACUCCGGUGAGUAGAGAGUGGGUCGAGUGGGUGGACUGGUGGGUGGGGCUCAGACAGUCGGGUCGGCUGGGGACGCGCGGACUGUCUACCUGCCUGCAGGGGCGCGUGGGCUCAAUCAAACAGUAAUCCCGUCAUAUCUUGAAAUGUAAUCGGAUUACUUUCGGUCUAAUAACCUGUUUUCAUACGUCAAUCAGUGGAAAAUCUUUCAGCAAAUGAUAAAAUUUCUGGCAUUUAAAAAAAAAAUGAUAAUGAAACAAAAAUAAUCAAAACAGACGAUUAUGAAUAUGAAAGAUCAUUAAUAUGACAUUAAUAUAAAAUCAACAAAAUCACUUAUAUGGUUCUACUAUUUAGGCUAUCUAAUAUAUUUAGAGUAGAUAAAAAUCUGAUUAUUUCCACUUUUGACUCAAAAGUAAACUUUUCUGCAUCACUUAUGUCUAAGUGGGGUCAUUUUCAGAAAUGCUUGAGUUAUAAUAAAAAAAAGAUCUUGGAGCGCAAUUCAUCCUUUGGGAUGCCAUUCAGAGCUCUGUGAGUCACACCGAAGGAUUUAGUGAGGUUCAUUAUGAUAGCCACACAUAUAAACUACCUUAAACUUUGGUUUGGUAAUAAAGUAUGGGUAAUAAUUUACUGAGAUUCUGCCAGUUUUUACUCUUGCAAGUGUAUUUUUGCAGACAUGAUUGCAUGAGUUAAACAAAAUGAAUCUUAUAAUCUUUAAUCUGAUUAGAUUAUGCAGUCAAAUAGAGUUUAUUUGGCAUGCAUGCAUUGGUGUCCAUAGUUACAGUCCAUAAGGUGCAAUGUAAAUUUUAGAACUACACUGAGACAAUGCAUACCUGUCUGUCGUCCUGUCUACCUGUCUGUCUGUCUGUCUGUCUGUCUGUCCGGCCAAUCGGUAGCUCUGCGAUCUGUCUGCAACCCCUGGGAGAGUUACAAAAAAAAUCCCCGCUCUGGCUCCUCUGCGUCCCCCCCCUCCUCGAUAGCUCCGCGCUCAUCUCUUCCCCCCCUUUAAUGUGUGAGUGCGUGCACACGCAAGUAUGUACGUGUAUGCUUGAAUUGUGUGCGUGCCCAGGCUGCUGGCACACACACACACACACACACACACACACACACACACACACACACACACACACACACACACACACACACACACACACACACACACACAGCAUACAUACAUACAUACAGUCAGUCACAAUGAAUGGCUGCCUGUAGCGAGGCGGAGGGAGACACUAGACCGCUUAUUCUGCGCUGGUCCUCCAUUGAAAUCACUUUCCAGCGGAUAACAGCCGAGGGGGUAAGUUGAGCACGGCGGGUAAACGAGGACAACGGUUCGGGCUCGGUCGUUGAGACGGGUCGGUUGGUUGUCCGCGAGCCGAACUGUCCCUGUGUAUUUGUGCGUGUGUGUGUGAGUGUUGCGAGGGGGGCACCUUCUUCCUAAAUUCGGAUAAAAAGGGGUAGUGUGCGGUCUGCGGGGAUUUCUACCUAUUGUUGUUUAUUGUUUUUCUGUAAGAGGCUGGGGAGGUAAAGUUGUGCUAGCGACUAUGGGGGAUGGGCUCAUAGGGACAGACCAAACUUUAACCACUUCACCGGCUUCACUCACUCGUCGCCGCGGGCUGCUGCCCCCCUUCUCCCCCGGUGAGUGAAGUCCUCCGCUUCUUCUUCUUCUUUCUCCCGCAUUCCUGAACUUUUCAACAACAACAAAAAAAACUCACUAAGCUGCUGCGUCCACGAAACUCAAGCACCCGUUGAUUCCCUAUUAUCCUGGUGUCCUGUCGGUAAAUGGGUUAAGAUUUUACAGCCAGCCCCCUACUUUCUUUUCCCCUCCUCUUCUCUAUCUCUUCUCGCCUCGCCAUGCCGGAUCCAUCCGUCUGUCUCGCCCACAGUUGCAGCGCAUUUGUGUCCCGGGAUGACCUGUUGAUGUCGGGUAAAGAUGGAGGGCCAGUAUCGCCCUCCGUUCCACUGUGGUAGAAAAAAGAUUAACACUUUAAAGAUUUAAAGCGGACUUUAGACAAGUGAGAGCCGUCUGUGUGGCUUCCUGGGUUUUUUAUUUUUUUUGUUAGGUGACGAUUUAUUAAAUAAUUAAUUCGCUGUGAUAUAUCAUAAGCGACAUUUUAGAGAGAGAAAGGGGGGAACAACGCGUGUCUGUCCCGUAUCGGUAGCUGCCAUUCGGCCGUUGGAAGAGGAGGGAACUCGGUGUAAACGGACAUCACACCGCGCUGGCACGGAAAGAGAGGAGACGGGGGGGAGAACUGCUGAAUAUUUCAUCCCCUGGACUAUUUUUGUGGCAGUCAAAUUUCGUGUCCCCCUCCACAUCUUUGGACGAUAAAGGAGAGUGCGUGUCGGAGGGGGGAGUCUGGCACACGAAACCAAGAAGGAGGGCGUCUUUUUUGUCCCUUUUUCGUUGCUGCCCGCCCCGCUCCCUUUCCUCACCUCCCUCCCUCCGCUGAGAGCACGCACACACCGGCCCGGGCCAUCCGAGGACUCCCAAAUCCUACCGGGCAUCGAAGCUGGCACACGGCGGGGGCACAGAAAGCUUUGCCCGGUAGACUGCCCCUGCUUGCCCCGCUGCUGGCGGGCUCCUUCUCUUUCGAGGCGUCUUUCAGCGAGACAUCGGCUCUGCUUGACUUUCAUGUGAGAUUAAUUGAUGUAUAAUUCAUAUGUUUCAAUAACAUUUCGCUUUUGAAGUUUCAGCUUCCUGGGGAGGCUACCCUCAUAGCCAAUAUGUCGUGCCCACGAGUGUCGCUAAGUGCAAUUUCUUUUAAAGCCUUUAUAUGCCCUCUAAACUUACAAAGGGCUGGAGUUUAUUACAUGUUAUAAAAUGCAUGUCAGCGCGUAGGUUGAAGUCUUUCACUAUGUAAGUGCUAGCCUUAGCUUUAGCUAGCUACUUGCUAACAGGCCACCUUUAACCUCCCCAAACCAGGAAACUGAAAAAUGAUUAGGAAGUGAUUAAAGUUGAUACCACAAGUUUUGGUUAGCAUUGAUGCAGGAAGCAGCUCUGAUCGAUUCUAGGCUUACAAGCCGACUGCAGUGAUCAAGUUACUGUAGAUAUUUGGGUGCUAACAGGAGCAUGUGGGUUUUCUCUACCUAAAGUAAAUCAGAAUUUGUGGUCCUGGAGAUGGAUUUUAAAAGUUUUACAGCACAUACACACUCACAGACAUUUACAGAGGGAGAGAAAAGAGAGAGGCUCGUGCAGUUUAGCAUGAAGUCAGAGCCCAUAAUGGGGGACAUGGGGCCCUGCAGGGCAAGGGUCAAGUGGUGUGAAUUAACUCCCCUUUUAUGUUUCCUGGAAGUUGUUGUGACCUCUGACCUGCAAAGACUGAAAGGUGGCAGAUAGGAUACCCUUGAAUGACAUCUCAAUACCCCACAGCGUGCCGAACACAAAUGAGGCAUGACCUUUACUCAUGUGAGGGAAGACUUUUUUUUUUUAUUUUUUUUUUUACACUGGAGUAAUAAUCACCUAAGUCUCACAGGAGAGGCAGCGCUUCUGUACUCGGUAACAACACGGCUUUACCUAAGAUAACCAAAACAGUGCUGGUAUUAAGUUCAUCUGCUAGACCUCCUCUGUGAUACAACAAGACUUUUGUGAAACCUUAGAGAGCUCCAAAACUUAGAAUAGGAUAAACAUGAUUUUACCAUCAUCUCAAUAUUUCCUUAACUGAGAAAAACAAUUAUAAAUAUCUGAUUAACACUAACAGUUUUAAUAUCAUAUAAAAGGGAUUUGGCAGGAAAAUCUGAACCAUGGAUAAAUGUGUGACCACAGUGGUUUGUAGCUGCUUAUUCUUCAUUAGUCUUUUACUAUUUGAAUUAUCUGCUGUGUGAAAUUUAAAGUGUUGACUCUACUGUGUGAUUAAAGGGAGAAAUCAGGAGAUAUAACUAAAGUGGGGCUCAGAUUUCCUGCAUGACGAACUUUUAUAAACACAUAUAUAAACUUUGUGCUGUUACUGUAAGGCUUUUUUCCUUAGCUACAAGUUUCCUUCUCUUGCAUAAAUAUCGAAUUGUUAUGAGAACAAUUAGAGAAAAGAACAAGUUUUUAUACUUAAAUCCAAAAAUCUUAACAUAAACUCCCCCUGACCUUGUUGGGUUUGUUAUGUAAGUUACGAUUGUGAACUUGGUUGGUUUAAAUAGGGUCAGCUUUAGACACUGAAAACUCCUCAAACCUGGCUCAUCCUUUAGCUUUAUUAAUUGUACCCUAAGCUCAUACUCUUCAGUUCACAUUUUAUUAAAUUUGAUGGAUUUCUUGUAUUUCAGUCCUAUUUCAUGAGGCCCACUGGCUUUGAAAACAUCUAAAAUUUCUGAUUCUCCUACACUCUGCCACUUCACUUUGUCCACAUGCUAAUGUAAGCCAGCUAUUUUCAUUAUUUAUCCAGCUGAUGCUUUAUUAUGUUACCACCACAAUUAGUGUUUUCCAUCACUUUGAUGGCUGCUUGAUUAAUCCAGAUGAAGACUAUUUGCUUUAGAGUUAUUUACAGCCGUUCAUACAACAAAUGUAUACUGAAAGUUAAAAUCCCACUUCUACAUGGUAGCUCUCAUCAAAUGCCUCUUCUUUGGAGAUGCACAAUAUUAUCAGUAACUGAAGAUAAUUAGUGGUUUUAAUAUGAGAAUUUACACCAGUAUGCACACUUGAUAAUCUGAUGCAUCGACUUUGCACAUGCUUGUGUAUGCUUCAACAAGCUUUAACUUGUGCAAAUUAGGUAUUUGCACUGCUUUUCAAGCACAGCUGAUGGGAGGAGGAGGAGCAAAACAACACUCUUUUUACUGUAACAGUUUAAAUGUACAACUCAAGAGCAGAUAUCCUGAAGCACCAGAAAUAAAUAAAAGUAAACACAAAAAGCAUGAGAGCCAGGGUUCGACUGAUAUUUGCUUUUCAAGGAUGACAACAAUGAUAAAUAGUUCAUUAGACUAACAAUUGAUAUUUGGAGCAUAUAUUCAUUUAUGGGAAAAGUUCCAACUCAGUGCCUUCAGCAAAUGUUUAACUAUGACUGAAAGUUUAAACAUCUUAUUGGGGAACCUUCAGAUUGCUGAAUAUUGGCUAUGAUAAUUGCUCCAUCCCAAGCUGGUGCCAGCAACAACCACCACUACUUAACUCAUCAGGCAAAAGCUGUCAUAACCCAAAGGUUAAAGAGCUUAUCUGAAAAAAAAAAAUCACUGUCUUCAUUGCUCUUCAUAACCAGCCUUGUAGUAUGGUGGGAGACAUAGCAUCUCCAAGCUAUCGAUGGAGUUUAAUUGACAUGAUUACUUGCAUCAGUAUCAUGAAUGAUCUCAGAAACAGCAUAUCAGAUAUCAGUAAAAAUCUCGUAAUAUCUCUACUCAUACUUUGUGGUAACUCACUGGUGUUGAAUCUUAUCACUUACUGGUGUCAUAUUGGCGCUUUACAUUUUCUGUGAUGCUCACUGCCUUUUUCGUCUUUUGUUACUGUGGGAAAUAAUUCCUGGCGUCUUUUCAUCCGCCUGCUUAUUAUUAUUAUGGUUGCACAUAUUUACGCCCGGAAACAUCCACAUGAACACACUUAAGGUUGCAGAGAAGCUCAGCGAGAGUCCAGCCUGUUCAAAUACAAGCUCAAGGCCGCAGGAGGUGCAGACGUGAGACUGUGUUGAUCUUGUUUUUUCAGUAUUCAAGAGGUUUUUUUUUAGGUGGUCCAAAGAUUAAAACAGACAAACUUAACUCUUAAUUCUCCUUCUCUGUCUGCACAUGUACAGUUACUGUAACCUGUUUUUACAAGAUGGAUACAAAUCCACAUUAUAGUUCAGACCAUGGCAAGCUAAUUCAAGUGGGCGUAAUUUAUGUAAACAAACUCUGGUAAAGAUCCAAAAAGGCAUGGGAAAAUAUCACUUGUAGACACUAUAGCCGGAUAAGGAUCAUUUUUAUUUAAUGCAUAUUGAUUUCUUUGCAUCCACAUUGUUAAUGCACUACAAUCCAUGAGGCAAAGCAGCCAGCAGAUCGCAACUUAGUUUUGCCAAAACACUGAUUUUUAACAAUAUAAGUUGGAGCUGAUUCACUCACUAAAGCCCUAUCUGGUCUAGAGAUGAUGAAUGUUAUUCAGAACAAAUUGUACAAAGUGCUCCCCAAUCCAAUAAGCAGCCUGCAAUCUAAUUGUUUUGGCCACCCAAUUAAUUAAGCUUAAUAACAUUGUAGAGGCAGUUUACACAAUUGAUAUGCAUAAUGAUACAAGCUCAGGGCUCAUUUUAAGUGUCUCAGUCCCACUUAGACAUGCUGCUUUCCAGCUUUCUCAUAACCACAACUUUGUACGAGCGGAUCCAUGUUUUCUUCUUAAAAUAUUGUAAAAUAAAAUGGAAACCCCCUCCAUGUAAAGUGCAUCCCUAGGAUUGUGAAUAGACAUGCUCACUCCUGCUCUCAGCCCACUGCCCUACUUGUUCCAGGCUUAUCUAUCAAAAUUAAUUAGUUGCUAUAAACUUAAAAAUUAAUUAUGAUGAAAUGCUGAUGGCCCUUUAAUUCUCAGCGGUGCCCUUAUGUAGGUGUUACUCUGGGGCUCAGGACUGCUUAAGCUGGCUUUUCAUUCCACCUUUAUUUAUCAACGAGGGGAGGUUUGCUGAGCAUGCACACCACAGCCCCCUGCUUCACAUUCACACCUGGAAGCUCCACAGCAUCACCACUAUCUUUAAACGUUUGCUAAGGAGGAAAUAUGCACCUCCAGAAGCUCUUAAAGUGUUUUGUUCUUAAAAGGGAGUAAAUGCCAGGAGUGGGUGUCUUUUGUGGGGAGUUGUACUUGUCCUUGUUAAGCUUUCUCUCUUAAAACCAUGCCUGCUCUGAACCACCCAGAAGGACUUUAAACAGCCACCAGAGCAAAUUGUGUUGUUAUUUAUGAUCUAUAAAAGCUGAUUGUGAGGUUAUAAAGUAUGGAUUUUCAGCUCAAGACAUUCAUUUGUCAUGUCUGGGUGUACAGAUGAUAUUGGCCACCAACGCCAAACUAGGUGAUUGAAUACUGAUAUCUGUGUGGUGUGGUAGCUAUUAGAGGAUGUGAGUGACCGCCUAGAGAUAAUUUUGUGCAGAAAUUCUUUCUAGUUGUAGAGUAAGUUGUGUCCAAUGUUUGUGCUUAUUUGAUGUUGCACAAAAAAUGAGAAUUUAUGAAAUACAGAAGUCAAACUGAAGCAUUAUCCUAAUUUGUAGUGUUCUUCAAUCUUGGAUGUCUUUAAACACACUCAUUUGACCAAAUAAAGAUCAGAUGUAGUUAUUCAACAUCUGGAAGUCAAACCUUUUAUAUUUUUAUUGCCUUUAUUUGGAGAUAAGAGGGAAGUUUGGGUUGGAAACUUCCGGUGGUGCAUGAGGUGUGGCAUGAGGGUAUGGGUUUGGGCCACUCCCUUCUCGGACGAUAGCAUCUGAACACUAUAGACUAUAGACAUGGGGGCAAUUGAACCAUGAAGCAAAUGGGUGCCAAAUCAUCUGGAAGCUUAGUGAAGAAAAUUUGAGUAAUCAUAAGUGGCAGCUCAGCUCGCAGCCCCCAAAGUGGUAUUGGAGAAAAUCUGAUUUUAAACCUUGAACUCAUGGUGAAGUGUUCUGCUGCUUUUGAUUUUGGAGGGGAGGACAAUAUUUGAUGGAUCUGCUUAUCCAGACGGAUGGCAGCAUGAUCUGUCGCUGUUCAAUGCUGGCUGGAUGGCUGGGUAUGACAACACAACAUUUUCAACAUUUUUCUUUGAGUCCUUUGUGUCUCACUGCAACAGACGAAGGAAACACAAAGACUUGUUAGUCCUGUAGAAAUAGUUUUCCAAAUUCUUUAUGUAGUUCUGAUUGUGUGUUAUGCUGAAUGAAACUGUUUAAUCUCAAGGUUGGAAAUUGAACUCUGAAUGCCUGAUUCAGACUUCAGACAAGUUUACUCUAUCUUCUUCUUUCUUGAGAAUAGGGUUAAAUUACCAUGUCAAAGAUAUUACUUGAAAUCUUAUUAGGAAGUGAAAUUAACUUUUAAAUUGGGCAAAAACAUCUUUAGAAGGAGUGCUCUCAAAGUAUUAUCCAUGUCAGCAUUCUUGUUUUAUAACUCUCCAACUUGACAUGACUUUGUCGAAUUGCAAACGUGGAUUAAAUCUCUUCACAAAGGUGCUCUGUCUUAAGUGACCUGUUAUUCUCUCCUGUAAUUAUUGAAUAGGGAAGUUAGUUAGGAUGUACCAGUCAGUAAAGUAAACAUGAAAAAGUAUGCUAAUAAGAUCAAGAGCAUGAGUCUGACCUUAAAUCAUGAGCAUGAGACAUUUGCUUUCUGACUCGCCAUAGAAAAUGGCUUUUUAGGGCAUUUUUCUGGCUUUAAUUAUCCUUAAUUUAAUGAAGAGUUCAUCCUUAGAAAAUCAUGAUUGUCAGUUCAAGUAUAUGCUGAUUAAUCAUAUUUUCAGGUGUUAGUAAACCCCCAGAACAAUAUCUGGAUGAUCAUAUUUAGACUGAUAUAGAAUAAAGUGCCACAAUCAUCCCUUUGCCUUGUUUUUAUACAUCACGGUGCCUGUAUAUCUGGGUGGAUUUCUAGAAAGCUUCUCUCAUUAAUGUUGAACCUCGUUGGUACAGAGCACCAUUUUCUGUUCUGUCUGGAGUAAGAGCUGGGUAGAGGACGGCUGCCUCUGGCGAUGUGGCCCACAGUGAGAAGCUGUUCAAUUCCUCAGAGUGACAUUUACCAAAGCCAAUCAGGAGGGUUUAACUAAAUUAACACCCUGCCUCUCGCAGCUUUUUAGAAAGAGCCCUUGCUGUUUUCAUUGCUCUCCUUACAAGUUGCUACAUAAUUUCCUAAGAGGGCAUACAUUUCUGCCUCAAGCAUUGAUCAUCCGGCUUCGCUCCCUUUGCUUAAGGCUAAACACUCUAAAAUAUAACAGACCAAGACCACUUACCCAGCAUCUGACACAGCACUCUUUUUUUUGGGUCUGACUUAUCUUACAUGAUAUUGUGGACUUGUGGAUGUAAAAGCUUCAAAUUAGUUACUGAGUAUAUUUCAUUUUCAUUUGUAAAAUAAUUCAGAUUAGGCUACAAGUGAAGAGCAUGGUUAUACCUCUGACAAACUACCUGAAGUUAACAAGCUGUCGUUACUGCUGGUAUCUCCCAAAUAUCUGCACAUUUGAAUGCAGUUUGUUCUUAGAAAUGAUGAAUUUGUCUCUUUUUUUUGCUCUGCACAACUCGCAAGACUUUGAGAAUCUCUCUUUAUGAAGGCCAACACUUAAAUAAAAAGUAGUAUAGUCUUUAAAAGUAGAUAAAGAAUUUUACAGUAUGUAAUCAACAAGUCCCCUUUUUGAGGGAGUUGUUGAUUACAUUAUGUUCUUUAUUGAUCAAUGAAAACUUCAUAGAAAUGAUGUUCUUCUACUAGCUAGCAGACUUAUCAAGAAGCUGCAUGUGAUCAUUACAGACCAUCUGUGUCAGUAAAUUAAUAAUAAAAAAAUAGCGCAUAAUGUAUAUUUACAAUAAAAAAUGCUUGCAGUCUGCUCUUCAGAGCAAAAGUCUGUUCUUCAUAGCAAUGGUCUGUUCUUCAUAGCAACGGUCUGCUCUUCAUAGCAACAGUCUGCUCUUCAUAGCAACCGUCUGCUCUUCAUAGCAACUGUCUGCUCUUCAAAGAAAAAGUCUGUUCCUUCUAGCAAAUGUCUGCUUUUCUUAGAAAUGCCGUGUUCUUUACAGCAGCUUUAUAGUACCAGUCUGCUCCUCAUAGCAAGUCUGUUCUUCAUAGCAACGGUCUGUUCUUCAUGGCAAGUCUGUUCUUCAUAGCAACAGUCUGUUCUUCAUAGCAACAGUCUGUUCUUUAUAGUGGCGUUCUGUUCUUUAUAGCACAGGUCCGCUAUCAAGAAAUAGAUGACCAUCUAUUAGCAGUGUUUCCAAGUCAUGACCAAUCAGGAUAAAGGUCACAACCCUGCUGUGAAUAAACUGAAAUCUCCACUGAUUAUUUUUUUUGCAGCUUUAUCUGUGAAGUCAAACACACGACAAAAGUGUUUGAUGCUGCAGUUCAGUUGAACCUCAACAACUCUUGAGUUUCUGUGUCAGUUGAAUCAAAGUUUGGAGAGGAAUGAAGAGAUUUCUGUCAACCUGCCCUCUCUGUAACCUUUAGCUCUUUGGCUCCUGCAUCACAGCAAGUUCUUCACUGUGUUCACAAGAUGAGCUCGAGGUGAUGUAGCAGCCUGCUGGUGAGGUUACUAGGUCUCGCCUGUGAGUCUUCCUCCCAGCAGAGGAACAAAGCUCAUCAUCACUAUCAUAUUGUUUCCUAUUAGUGGUUUGUUUUGGGUUGCAGCCAGGCUAAGAGCUCAGCAACAUCCACUCAGAAUCAGCUUCUGGCCCGAUAAUUUAGCGUGUCCUCUAAGCUUGUACACCAUCAAUCACUCGCAGGUCACGAUCUCGUUUUAAAUGUUUUUUGCUCUGUAGAUCAUUGAGAUACUCGCCUCUUCGUUCCCCUCUGCUGUAUCAUACUGUCUUAUCAGUUCCUCCAUGCAUCCAUCCGUGCAUUUAUAAGCGAAAAAUAAAAUGUCCACUUACAAGAGAUGCUUUCAACCUGCGCGAGAAAUGGUUUUAUUGACGUCAUACUUUUGACAUUUCCCUCCACGUUUGAUCACACACUCCUAUGUGAUGAAGAUGAGUGAAAUAGACGAGUUAUGUAAGCGGCUGUGUUUUGACUGAGAAAGAGAGAUGAGAAAAUAACAAAGUAGGCCAAAAACCACCAAAUAGUUUAUUAACUGUGAAUUAGAUGUAAUGAAACAAGGUUGAAAAAAGAGAAAGACGGCUUAUAUAACUGUCGCUGGUGGCCCAAUAUUCUCUUUCAUAUGGAAGUUAGACUUUUGAACUAUGAAGUUGUUUACCAAAUACUUUUAAUUUAUUAAUCAUCGUAGAUUUUACUUACCCUGUUUCUUCUAUUUGAAGUUCCUGCCUCCUAAUUUUUGUCAUGUUUGCAUGACUUCAUUAUUUCUGUCUCACCACUUUUAUUUUCUGUUUCCUUGCUUCCUCUUUGGCCUCUUUAUCUUGCCCUCCUUUCCUCCUCUCAUAUCUGAUAUCUCUCCAUUCAAGCAUCCCCUUCACCCCUCGUCCACCUUUUCUUAAUGCUCUACCAUCGUACACCUUAGUAAUUCCUCUGCUUGACGUUUCUGUGAUGUCAUUCCCGUUACCCCCUAUCCAACCUCUUCUUCUCUGUUUUUCCUGCAGACCCUGUGGUGCUGGGCAGAGCGUUAUGGCUCAGACGCUGCAGAUGGCGAUCCCUAACUUUGGCAACAACAUCCUGGAGUGUCUGAACGAGCAGCGGUUGCAGGGCCUCUACUGUGAUGUCUCCGUCGUUGUCAAGGGACACGCCUUCAAGGUGCGGAACAUUUGAACUUUUUUCUAUUCAGAUUAUGAAAACAAAGCUUUUGAAAAAGUUUAACUGUCAGAGACAUAACCCCAAAAAUGCACACAAGUAAUUGGUGGACUGAAAAAGCUUUUGCCAGAACAGCUAGCAGUCCUUGUUCAGAGGACCUAAGAUUAUCAGUUCAUUUUUAGUUAUUACAUAGUCCUGAGCAAGACUAUCCAAAGCCUUUAAACAAAGAAGAAGCUCUUGAACUGAAUCCUGAUUUAGAUUUGAAACAGAAGUAGUGACUCCAGAUCUGUAAUAAGGAGACUUGGGGAGUAGUCUUUGUACUUACCAUAACCGGUUUAUAGCAUGUUGACUUUGACAUGAGAAAAGAGUAUGACUGUAGUCUAAACAAAAGGAUACAAAAGCAUGGAGGGAAAACAAAGGGUUUAUUUUGGCAGUGUUCUUUGGGUGAAGGUGGCAGGACUGAAUAACUACUAUGACGUGCCUGUCAAAUUUCACACUAGUCAAAGGUGACCCCAUGGUUGGUGGCAAAAGGUUUUGUAUUAGUGACCAAUGAACCAAGGUUCAAAAGGAGGUUUAAUCUGGGGCCAAAAAUAAUUACAGUUCAUCUCUGUUGUGAUUUUGAGAACUGUGAGAUUACCAAUUUCAGCAAGAGUCUUUUGGUGAGUAGCUCGAUUAGAGAAGUCGCCAAGUUUAAAGGACAAGUAGAGCUGAGUAUCGUGGAGGCAACUGUUACAAAAUACUUAACCAAAUCAACAGAUCAAGUGGCGAAAAAGGAACAUAUAAGAAGAAAACACAACCGGUCCAAGGACUGACCCCUGAGGCACCCCACAAGAGCUCAGAAGGAAACCUUGUCAUCAGCAGAUACUUGAAAUAGCAGGAAAACCAUUUUAAAGAGGUGUGGGUAUAAUGGUCGUGCUUCACACAGCGUUGACACAGUCUGACGAAGCUCUGUCAGCUUCCCGCAGAUUAAUUGGUGCAAAUUUAGUGGUGGUUUGUUGUUUUCUGUGAAAUAAAAAUGUGUUCCAGCAACUGUAUCAGUGAACAGGCUAAAAGAAGACAUACAAACACAAAGACAUUAUUACUUUAACCUUCUUCUUGACAUCACUCUGAACAAACUACAAAAAAAUGCAGCUUCGUUUCAUAAAACAUCACCAGACCCUCUGAUUGCGUCGUUCAUUUUAACUUUGCAGGUUGUGUGAUUUCAAGCAGACAAUUUAAAACACACUGUGUCGCACCUUUCUUGAUUUUUAACACUGACGGGAAGCAUGCCAGGUUUUCGUCUGUUAUUCCAUUUAGAGAAUCAGUCUCAAUAUAUUUCUGUAAACCCCUCAGCUUCUGUCUUACCUUUACCAUUUACCUCUGUUUACCCCUCAGGCCCACCGUGCCGUGCUGGCAGCCAGCAGCUCCUACUUCCGGGACCUGUUUAACGCUGGGGGGAAGAGCUCAGUGGUGGAGCUCCCCCCGGCCGUGCAGCCGCAGAGCUUCCAGCAGAUCCUGGCCUUCUGCUAUACGGGGCGCCUCAGCAUGAACGUGGGAGACCAGUUCCUGCUCAUGUACACUGCUGGCUUCCUGCAGAUUCAGCAGAUCAUGGAGAAAGGCACCGAGUUUUUCCUCAAGGUAAGCACGCUGAUAAGAAAACAAACAAGUUAAAGUUUGUGUCAGAAAAUACUUCAGAUAAUCAGUGAAAAUGCUGCAGGAUGAGGCGGAGAGGUUUAAAAUAACUUUUUUUACCUGCUGUCGCCACAGCACCUGUGUCAGUGUGUGUGUGUGUGACAUUAUGCAGGGGCAUUAUGUUGUCACAGGGGUGUUUGUGUUUGUAGACAUGUUCUCGUGACUCAGAAUAAUUGAGACUACAGGUUCCCUCUAUAGAAGCAGAUGAUGUGAUUAGAUUUGGAUUGCCUUGCUGCAUAAAUCUGCAUAUUAAUGAGCAAAACUGAUUUCCUUCAGAGUUGCCCUCAUCACCCCCCUUCAGACACUCCGUUAAUGUGAUACCAGCUCGGUUUCAUGUAUAGAGCGAUAGGAGAAAUACAGUUUUUUAGUAUUUACUACUGCAGGAUGUGUUACGUUUCUUGCUAGUCUUAAAAUACUGGCCAUCAGACACGGGGGCGUUUUGGCAUUCAGCUGCUCCAACAGCCGAUUUGGCGAGCUACCAAGAAUUAUUGGGAACUUGUAUUAGACGCUGAAAUCUAUCCAGCUUGAAGAAUAAGUGUACUGGAGGAGAAAGACGUGUACUCUGAAUCACUGGGUAAAACCUGAUUUGAGAUUGGUCUGAUUUAGAGCUGUCAUUGUUUCAAUUAUAGCGCGAUUACUGUAAGACAUUAAUGUAUUUCUUAAAAUGUAUAAUCGCAUCUUUUUAACAACAUCACUGCACCUUUAGAUGGUGCAUUUCACUUAGAAAAACAACCAGACUGCUUGGCUAAUAUACCAAUAAUAAAAUGCACUUUCUUUCAAACAGAAUGGAGAUAUCACUAAUGUCUUAUCUAGUUUUAGCAAAGGCAUACAGGAGCAGCUAAUCAGACUGAUGUCAGCUGGCACCUGCAACACAAAAGCCUUAUUUUACAGUGUGCAAAUCACCACCGACAUCUGCUUGUCCUGACCAGUCAUACCACACUUAAAAUUGUUAGUAUGGUUUAAAAGUAUUUCAAAAGGCUAAAUGGUAACAUUGUACAUACACGAUUAAAAAUAUGAUUAAUUACGACCAUUUUAGUUCUGUAACCAUCAGGGUUUAAAAAAUAUAUAUAUUUGGCCCUGAUUUGAGAAGUUCCAUUAUCAGAUUUUCUUCCCAACUUUUUGGAAACUUAUUAAAAAAAACUAAACCAAGUCUGCUUCUUACACCUGUUCUUGGGAGAUGUACAUGUUAUUUCAAUUUUUUUUUCAAUUAAUCAAACAUUUUCAGAGAAUCAUAAGAAGCAUGGCUUAUAAUCGCAGGGUUCUGGAAAACUGAUUUAGUAAUGAAAUAUAUUAUAAUAUGGCAAACAAGGUGAUCAUUAUACAACUUUAAGAUAACCACUGCAUAACAAAGUGAGAUGGAAUGAAUUCACAAAUAUAACGUAUCUCUGAAAGUUUAAAAAAAUGGCUUUUCAUCUACAAUCUGAUCUACACAUGUCAUUAUAAACAGGAUAAAAAACAAACUAGAAAAAAAACGGAAAAUUUUUUGUAGCCUGUUUUUUUUUUUUACUCUAUUCCGUCUCCAAACCCAGUAGAAGGUUUCUUGGAAAUCUGCAGUUUGAAAAUCAUGUCAUUCCUGAACUUUAAUAAGCUCUAAAACUAAGAUAAUUUGUAAUAACUCUCUCUUGCAUUACUUAUUCCUAUUGCUAGUUUGUCUACUGAAUGCACAAAUAUGUUUUAUGUCGGACCUUUUGGAAAAGAAGUCAUGAUUUUUAGAUGCAGCUCAGACGAUAUCUGCCAAACUAAUACUCAAAGUUACAGUCACAAACAGAUAAUGCCCAGCGCUGCCAAUGGUGGAGGUAUGUUAGCGAGUAGAAGUGUUGAUUCUUAUAUCUUUACCUUCAGGUUUCAUCUCCAAGCUGUGACUCCCAGGGUCUCCACACCGAGGAGACCCCGACCUCCGAGCCUCAGAGCCCUGUCACCCAAACAGUAGGAGGGGGGGGAGUAGGCGUCACCGCCACGGCAUCUGGAAGACCCGCCUCCUGUUUGACACCCCUCCCCCUGGUGUCCAAGGUGAAGACAGAACAGGCGGCCUCCACGCCUCAGCAGCAGCAGCAGGUAGGUCCUCUAAUCAUCUGAAAACAGGGAAAACGCUGCAUUGAUGAGUCGUUUAGCAGCAUUUGGACAGUGUUUUUUUUUUUUGUCCCACACUGAGUUAUAUGAAGUGGUCUGAAAUGAUUUGAAUUAGCAUUCAUUAACAUCAUUCAAGUAGGUGUCUCUUUGAGUUUGAAAAGCCUUUGAUAAACUUUCAAGGAAAAUUCACUUAAGCAGCAAUCACCUUUUUUUAACAGCAGCUAGAAAGCUCUCGAAACACUGUAAAUCCAUAUUUUUGAAUAAUCGUAACCUGAAGGUUGUUUCUAAAAUAGGGCAUAGACAGUUUUUAAAACUUUCACAUGAGCAAACUGGAAUUAUUCUGGAGGUCAGGGUUCUUUGUGAAAUUGUGCGCAGUGAAUCACUUGGUUAGGGUGUUAACCGAAGGUGAAAGCUGGUAUGUUUUUUUGUGCGUUUAUCAUAUAACCUCCAUGUAAAUGAGCUGUGGCUGUGGGUGGUUUGAAGGAGCUGUAGCUGUUUCACUUCAAUUUUAAAGAUAAAAACACUUCCAAAGCUUUGCAGUCUUUUUUUUUUUUUGUCAGUCCUGCUUCAUCUCAUCCUUGACGUUUAGAUCUUUGUCCUCUGUAUAAAUGUGUUUUAGUUUAGGACGUCGCCAAAAGAGACAAAAUAAACAACCUCUCCCAAGUUUACUGUCAAAUUAAAUAUGUUAAACUAAAGCCCCAUACCUUUAUACUGGUAUAUUUAAGCAGUCUGUACACCAUACAUACCUGUAAGUUUGUUGUUUUGGCACCCAAAAGGUUCCUAAUUGACCUUCAGGUUCAAACCUCUUCACUCUCAAACUGAAGAUUAACGUCAUAGAGUCUUCAUAGAAACAGAAGUGUUAAGUCAUGCUGUAAAAUCAAGAUGAAGGAAGAUGUGGAGAAAAUCUGAGGAAAGCAUCUGUUUGCAGCUCAAAAAUAGUCGUCAUGUGAUAUCAGGUGAUGAUCUGCAUAUCAGUGUGUUUCUGCGGAGGGGGAGGGGUGUGAUCAGCAUCACAGUUUGUUUUAGUCAUCGGAUCCAAAGAGUCGUCCGUUUUUUUGUUUUCAACCACUUCGAUUUCACUUUUCAGUUUAACCUUGCCUGUAAAAUAGACCCGGCCAAGGUAGCAGCCAAAUAGAAGAACUAAUGAGAACAUCAUAGCAGGUUCAAAGAAAGGUACUUAAAUACACAGAGGAUUUUGAAGAAAACUGCCUAUAAGCAUCUGUCCCCAGAGAAAGGCAGAUUUACGCACAUUUAAACCUCCUUAAAAAGCCUUCAUUUUGAGAAAAACAGGGUAAGUGGAGAAAAAAAAACACCCCUCUGCUUUUUAAACUCACAUAGAUACACACACCUGCCGCUCCCCGCUCUCCUCUGUCCACCUGUGGCUGCCUGAUAGUUUGUACUGCUGUUAAACAACAUGUACAAGCAGCUGGUGUCAAUGUGAAACUAACUUUAUAUAAUACAAUACAAUUUUACUUGUGGAGCACAUUUAAAAACAACCAAGUUGACCAAAGUGCUUUACAUAGACAUUACAAAACAAACUAAAUCAACACUCAGUGAAAUACAAGAGCAGACCAGAUAAAAGGAAUUAAAAACUAAUUAAUAAACGGACAAUUUGUGAUUAGGUUGUGUUAAAAGCCAAAGAAAAAAAGUGCGUUUUGUGACAGGAUUUAAAUAGCUAGAGUUGGGGCUUGUUUCACAUGAGGGGAGAGGGAGUUCCAUAGUCUGGGGCCAGCGACAGAAAACGCACGGUCCUCUCUGCCCUUGAGUCGUGUUUGAGGGAUUUCAAGGAGCAAUUUGUCUGUGGAACUGAGGGACCGAGAGGGGACAUAUGGCUUUAGAAGUGCAGUGAAAUAAAAAGGGGUAAGCCCAUUAAGCGCUUUAAAAACAAACAUUAAGAUCUUAAAAUCAACUCUAAAAUGUACCGGGAGCCAGUGUAGCGCUGCCAAGACUGGAGCUAUACGGUCACGUUUGGGUGUGCCGGUCAAAAGUCGGGCGGCGGCAUUCUGGACCAGCUGUAGAUGCCACAACUUUGGGGGCCACAACUUACUUGUGCUCCCAAACUUUGUUUCAAAUUGAUCCCAGCUGGUAAUGAUAGAAUAAAAGUCAGUCUCUGAUUGAUAAUAUGUACAUGUAGUGAAAUAAUUGUUGUUUAUAUAAACAGAGAACAAAAUAGGUCCCAUAACAGAACCCUGGGGGACGCCUUUCAUGAUGUAUAUUAACAUGGCAGUAGUUGGUAAUGCCUGUUGUUUAAACUUGGUUUAUUUAGGCAUUAGAUAUAAAGUCGUGUUAAGAUUUUUCUGACAGAAUCCUUUAAAUGUAAACCAAGACCACCUCAUAGAGUACUUUUUUUGGCUGUUACAAAACCUCUCUCUUUGACGACAGUGACAUUUAUGUUUUUGUUAAUAAUUUUGUAGUGCUAAAGGUAACUAACAGGUUUCUCCUCCUCCUCUUCAGCAGGAGGGAUCUCCAUACUCGGUGGUCUGCACCCCAGUGGCCAAGCGGCUUUGGGAGGGGAGCAACCGCGACGGGGGAGGGGGGUCCGGAGGUGGCGGAGGAGGCGGGAUGAGGAAGACCGCACGCUAUUCUUCCUCCUCUUCUUCCUCUUCCUCCUCCAACAACACUAACCAGGACGCCUCUGCUCGUGGACCUGCAGCCAACGCUGCCAUGAUGAGCGGCGGCGCCGGAGUCGUUGGCGCCAAUCCAACUGGAGGGGCCACAAUCAACAGUAACCAUAACCACAAUAACAACAACAACAGCAGCGGGACCCCUGAGGGCACCAGCCCGGGCACACUGAGCAUGUACACAAGCGACUCGCCCAUCAGUUACCACGAGGAUGAGGAGGAGGACGACAUAGCGGAGGACAGCGCAGAGGAGCAGUACAGACAGAUCUGCAACAUGUACACCAUGUACAGCAUGCUGAACGCAGGAGCCACAGGUAGGAUCUGAGCGCACACGAACACCUCAGAGUCCAGAUCCACUUAACUGUGUGCUCAUGUGAAUCUCAAGUUUUUUGUCUCUGAUCUGAGACUCUGACAGCGUGUUUAGAAGAACUGCCUUCUAAAGUUUGUUUAUCUGGAAACUUCUCAGGAUGCAGAGGAAAAUAAAUGUUCUCAACACAGAAACCAUGAAACAGUUAAAGAUCCUCCCUCAGCUUAUGAAUUGUUUAUAGUUUAUUUAAUCUAGGGGAUGAUUUGAGAGUUUGAAUCAAAAAUUCAAAAUGCAAAAUGGACUCAGAAGUUACAGAAAAGCUAAAAAUCUGCUGAAAAGCAUCAUAUGAAAUCGAGGUAUUAGAUAUUCUCACAGUUUCUGCUGAUUAAAACUUUUCUUUACACAAACACACGUCACUUAUUACUUUCAAGUUAACAUGAUUAGUUCAGAGAUGUUCCUCCAGGAGUUUAUUUUAAGCAAAAUGCAGCCUUCUUUCUUUUGUUUUGAUCCAUACUGAUUAAGUGUGUUGCUUGCAUCUAGUUUUUAAAGAACAUCGUUUUUGGUAAAGCAAUUUCAAGAUUUGGUUUGUGUUUUUGCACUAUUUUCAACCAAAUAGAAGGUUUCAUGAUUUGCAAACCCUCAAAAUGAUAUUUGUAGAAUAGAAACCUGGUCUUAACUUGAAAUUAUGUCUCUGGUCAUGACAGAUAUGAAACCUUACCCAGUCUUGAAUCUGAGUGAAACUGACAAUAACCCAUUGUCCUUCCUCCUCAGUGGUCGGUGAGCGGGUUGAGGCUCUUCCAGAUUUGGCCCCAGACUCAGGUGGCGGACGCGGAGGACGAGGGGCUCGGUCCCGGCAGGACUUGGCUUCCCUGCCAGCUGAGCUCAUCAGUCAGAUCGGCAACCGCUGCCACCCAAAGCUGUACGAGGAAGGCGACCCGGCCGAGAAGCUGGAGCUGGUGAGCGGCACCUCCGUGUUCAUCUCCCGCGCUCAGCUCAUGAACUGCCACGUCAGCGCUGGCACCCGCCACAAAGUGCUGCUCCGACGCCUGCUGGCUGCUUUCUUUGACAGGUCAGAGGUCAACUGAGAGAAAACAAAUCCCUGCCAAUACAUGUUUGUGUUACCAAACCAGCUGAUUAAGGUUUGGAUGCCUGUCUGUUCAUUGUCCAUAUGUGUGUGUUUUUUUCCUCGCUCAGGAGCACUCUGGCAAACAGCUGUGGAACCGGCAUCCGCUCUUCAACUAACGAUCCCAGUCGCAAACCCCUGGACAACAGAGUGCUGCAUGCUGUCAAAUGUGAGUCUUACAGAAUCAGUUUUAAGCAUAUGUUAGAUUUGGUUGUGUUUGGAGAGCUCCGUGCCCUCCCACUUUAUUCCAUGGCAGGGAGAGCAGCAGCAAAGAUGUCAGGGUACAGCACAGAGCAGGCAUCAGCUACAAACAUAUGACACUGAGGCAAAAUUAAACUUUGAUUCAAGGUCGGGGGGGGAAAGUUCAUGUUCAAACAUUACUGAGGCUAACUCAUCUUGAUACAGUAUACAGGGUUUGACAAUUUGUUUAUUUGUAUAUUAAUUUUAGGUCUUUUGGUCAUACGACAUGGAAGCUAUUGAAGAAAAUGUUCAAAAUUUGCCUUUAAAUUUAACACAAAAAUUAGGAAAAAUUAGGGGAAAAAAAGGUGUGUCUAUUGUCCUACCAUUACACUAUUUUUUUAAAUCAACUGAGGUUAAUUGGUCACAUGACAUGGAAACUAUUGAAGGGAAACAGCCUUUUUUUGAGAAAAUCAACUGGUAAUUUAUUGAUGGUCCCUUAUUUAACACCUGAUGUUGACAGCGAGGAUGAACAAGUAGAUUUAACUGCGCUGCUGUUGCUAUUCCCAGUUAUGGAGAGUGAGAAGACACUGGUAGAUCCACAGUGAAUGUCCGUCGGAUACCAACCUAAAACUAGUCGCAAAUGUGAGUGAAACGGUCGCACUGUUGAGCCCUGGUAUACCAGCAUAUCAGGCUAUUGUGUGAUCCAGCAGAGGGCACUCUCACAGUAACCUCACCAUUGAAAGCCCUCUUGACCUUGAUAAACUAAUACAGUAAUGUUGCUCCACAAAAAUUGAGGACAUGGUUAAGCAAAGCUGAACUGAGCGGACAGUCACCACAGGAAAAAGCUGACGGUCUGAUAUGUACGGCUCUGGUAAAAUCAGUGAAAAGCACAGAGAAAGCGGGAGCUGAGGCGAAGGCUGGUUGCAAAAUGAUUCGCAGAGUAAGCAGGAUGGAGUAGCUUCAAUAAAAAGCUCAUUUUGACGUUUGCUUACUGGAUGCCCUCGCUUUAUAUUCUGCUUCUCCUUCCCAGUUUACUGCCAGAACUUUGCACCGAGCUUCAAGGAGAGCGAGAUGAACGCCAUCGCGGCCGACAUGUGCACCAACGCCCGCCGUGUCGUCCGCAAGAGCUGGAUCCCCAAGCUCAAACUGCUGAUGGCCGACAGCGAUGCUUACUCCGCCUUCUUGGCCGACAGCGUCAAGAUGGAGGCGGACGGGCUGGGGGCGGAGCAAGGCUUCGACCCCGCCUCCCUGGAAGCUGUGGCAGCAGCGGCAGCUGCAGCCACCAACAAUAACGAAGCUGGGGGCGGAGCUGCGCAGGCAGACACCCUCCAAGGGGCGGGAGGAGACGGCAGCACUUUGUUUUGAGUGAGUGAGCGGACAGAUAGAUGAAUGGACAGAUGGACAGAGUGAUAGAGGGAGGGGUGGCGUUUCUCCAGAGGGUGAUGAGUAGAGAGCGGUAGUCGUGACGACAGUUGUCGCUCGUCCCUUUGACGCCACAGUGUGUUUGGGGAUCUGUUUCCUCUACACCUCUUUUUUUUGUCAGUCUGUUCUGCUUUCCUUCCCUCUUUUCUGUCUCUCUUUCUCUCUCCCCCGGCGGUCCAGAAUGCCUCACUUCUGGUCGCUCCUCCUUCCUUUUUCUGCUGGAGAGAGAAAGAAAGACAAAGUGAAAGGUAGCAGAGGAAGGAGGUUGUCAUCCAGCCCCCCCUCCACCUCCUCAUUCCUCUGCAGCCUCUCUAAACCUGAUUGUUUCAGCCUUUCUUUUCUCUGUUUUGAAAGUGUGUGUUAUCACCGAGGCCCUAUUUCUUACCAUAAUCAAUCACACACAUUCCCUGGGGAGGGGUGGGGAGGGGGAUCCUGUUUGGAGGAAGUGACGUUCUCUUCACCAAACUCCGGUAACACUGUUGUUUUUGAUAUUGAAUGUAUGCGUGGCCGAGCAUCUGCACCGCAGCGUCAGUGAGCGAGCUUGUACAGAAGCCCCGUUUUUUUUAUUUGUUUGUUUUCUUCGCUGUAUUUUUCGGUGUUUGAGCGCUGAGGGGUUGAGAUGAAUAUUAAUAUGUAUAUUGGCAUGGUUUAUGAUUUCCCCGGCCUCUGCUCUUUAACCCCGUGCUUGGCAUGCUUAGAGUGGACCUACCAGCUCUUAGAGAAACGCUGGUGAGUUCUAAACUGACAGAGUAUCAGCAGACAGGAAAAAAAAAAAAACUUUCCCUAUCCUGUUUUUAACCCUCUAGUUGGACUUUUUUUGUGUUGAAACUCUUAAUUUCUACUUGUGUGUGAUUUUGCCAAGGCUCCUAAGGGAGAGGAAACAUGUCGCUGAUGAUUGUCAAAGAGUUUGCGUGUGAUAAAUGCACUGUUUUUUCCUGCGGUAUGAGUACAAUCGAACUAUGUUUUUAUCAGAAAGAGAAAAGGGCGGUUUUUUUAUUUUAGAAAAAAUGCACAAAAAGAGAAAAAAUAGAAGCUGGAUUCCAAUUUAUAUCCCUGUCUGUCACGUGCGUUUUUUAAUAAUCCGAAGGAAAGUCAAAAAAGAUAAUCCAAAAGCGAGUUUCUGCCUUUGACUUUGAGACGGAGUGGCGUGUGUUAAUGUGCUUGUGUGUGUGUUUGUGUGUAUGUGUGUUAGGAUGCAGCAGUCACGUUCUUUUGUUUCUCGGCUCAUGUUUAAAUUGUGUCCCCUAAGACUCCUCACAGCCACGCCAGAAAGCAGCGCAAGUUUCCUCGGGCUCUGCUGCUUGGCUGCGUGCUCGCCUGGCAUGGACAAAGGUGCUAAUUCAGGCAUUGCUACAUCGCAAAAAAAGGAGUACAGCGCUGUGUGUAUAUGUGUAGGUGUGUGUUUGAAUGGUGUGUGUGUGCUGCAGCAGAGAGACAGAGCAGGAAGGCCAGACCAUGUGUGUGUGCGUGUGUGCUUGUGUGUGUGUGUGUGUUUUCACAUGCACACACACGCUCAGUGGAUUCAUUCACCCAUCACUGCGGUGAGCACACAGACACGCUAAUACGCAUUUGGGCGCUGUCAGCCGCAUCAGCUACAGUACACCAGAGCAACGUGGGAAUUAAAGGGGAAUCGCACCAAGGCAGAGCAGAGAGGCUGCAGUUUGUCACAUGUAAACACUCACCUUUAAUGCAGUUUGUGUUCUGCGUGGCUAAAGUGGUGGAAAAACUCCCGACCGCACUGGCAGGAAGUUUUCUUUGUGGCGUCGACAGCGAAGUUCCCGGCUUUAUGUGAGGUAAUAAUAUAAAGAAAGCUGCUAGAUAAUGGAAACCGCAGAAGAAUGUUGGCAUAGAAACAACCCUGAAAGUCAAAUCGCUGUCAUACUCCUCUUUGAUACUUAACUCGUGUGGCUGAAUAUCAGCUUUGCAGAAAAAAAAAAUAACAAUACAGAGCUGGAUCUUUCCUCUUAGGAAAAUCUGACCUCUAGACUUUACAGUACAUCAGAGCACGCUGAUCGGCUGAACCACAGAGAGGGCGACUUUCUUUUGUUCGGAUUCAGCUUGAAUAUUAGGGCUGCGGGCGAACUUUUUCAUCUAGUGACACCGACUUUUCGGUCUGCAAUAGAUUUGUGCCUCUUCCUUCCUCUAAUGGAGACUCAAAUCCCCGUAACAGAAGAUUAAAAUUUCAGUCAGACUGCAAGCUUUUUAUCUUCAAUCAAUCCCAGACAGUCAAUAUUGAGUCCAUCUUUCUCAUGAAAUCAAAGUAGGGCAGGUAAAUCAAAGUAAGACAACAACCGUGCAGCUGUUGCACUGAAAACAUACAUGCAUCCUCUCAGUUUAUAUAUCAGGGCUGCAACAUAAAAUAGAAUAGACAUUAUAUUUUGAAAUAUAUGAUCAAAUAUUUCCUGAUUGAAUCGAACAGAUUUAUGUCCAAUAAUUUGUUCUUAGUGAUCCAACUUGACCGAAAAGGACCACAAGCAGCACAAGCUGAUCUACUGACUUUUCCUCUGGAGCCCUAAGAGUCCGGUCUUCUCUCUGACAACAAUUGAAGCUCAUGGAUUUAUGAAAAGACACAGCACACCCACCUCCCUAGUUCAAAUGUUUUGCUGCUCCAAAGACAGACCUUGAGCUUCGUCAUUGAGGCCAAAAAAAUCAAAUUCAAAAGCAGACAAAGAACGUUUGGUUUCAUUUGUUGGUUUUAAUGACUCAGCAGAACCCUGUAAUCACUGGAGGUUAAAUUUAGUGGUUUUUUGUCCUGUAGGGGGCAGCACUUUGCCUCAAGAGUCAAUGGUUCCUCUUUGGUUAAAUAGGUAUUGCAUUAAGUGUUUGAUUUUGAGGGUAAGUCUGAGCAGUCAGCGCACAUUAAAGUCAGGGGAUUUGAUUCCAGCAGUAUUAAUAGAGAGUUGAGUUUAUGGCAGAGCUGCUGGAUCGGGUUGCCUUCAAUCCCUAGAGUUAUGGCCAUCUCCUGAGCUAGGAAAAAAGCCCUGAGAAUUCGGGAUCAGCUCUUUGCUGUGCUGUCGGAUCAAACUUUCUGACACGCCAGAAAUUCAUCCAACCAGUCAGUGGAAGUUAGUCAGGCUGGGAUUGACUUUGGUGUCUCCUAUGGCUGAAAUCUGACCCAACUUUAAAAUCAGUAUCUCAAAAAUCACAUCACAAAGUAACGCUCAGCUUACUCCAUUGGUUGCAUUUCACAUCAUUUAUGAACAAUCUUGUGAGCCAGAUUGCAGAAGUUUUCAGGCUGUUAUUGGCCGUCAAAAGAAAGUUGAUCUCUUUGGUGCUUAGGUUUGAUCUCUGUAUUUGUCUGUUUUCCCCAGUUUGAACUCAGUAUCAGUGUCAGAAUGUCUGGUAUUGGUCUGGCUCUGUUUUAUUGGCACUCUGUCGUGGGUGUUAGAUUUUCAUAUCUGUCCAGACUUGUGAAAUUGGAUGCGGUUUUCCCACCGUGAGUGUUUUUUUCUAAAUGUGAUAAUCUCCUGGACUAACACGUUUAAACCCAAACAAGAGAAGACUUGAUGUAUUUCAGAUUUGCUUCAUUGUAAAAAAAUAUAUAUACCUAAUUUUAUUUUUUGUUCGUUUUUCACGUUUGGCCUGUUUUUGUUGUUCCCAUCCAAGCGAGGGGAAACCUGAAGCACCUUAUUGCCGCCGUGGCAUCAGAAAUUGGCAGUAGCUGCUGUAAUGAAGUGUGUGUCACUGUUUGUAUCUUGUUAACGUUUUGACUCACUCUCACACACGCCCACACACACACACACACACACAGACACCCUCAAGGUGAAGGGCGUGUUGUCAAUUGAAACCUCGCUGCACAUGAUUUAAUCGCUGAAUCGAACCCGGAGAAGAACCAAAAGAGCCGUCUGAGGCUGAACCCGUUUUUGUAAAACAGUGUUAUUAAGAAAAAAAUGUCUGAUUUUUACAGCCUGGCUUUUGAGGAAAGAUGUUUACGUUUUUAUAGAUUUACUUGUAUAUCACGUUUUUUAUUCGUAGGCUAUGAGUCAAAGAACCCGUUGGUCCCGAGACGAGCACCUAAAGGUCCUAAAGUCAGGAGGAGGAUAGACGGUAAUUCACGGGUGUUUGUUUGGACUCACACUCUUUUACCUCACCCUCUUUUCUGGAGCACAUGGUACGAUCCACCGAGACUUAACCGAGUUCAAUAAGUGAGGACAGAGACAAGAGGAGGAAAGAUAAAGAAAUAGGAAAGUGAAAGGGGAGGGUGGGGGGUGGGUGGGGGGCAGUUUGCACAUUUCUGCUUUUGUUUCAGAUUCUUUUUUAAUUCCGAUGCUUUGUUUAAAAAAAAAAACCAACGCCUUAAACGAGACAAAAAAAUCUAGUUAAGAUAGAGAGGGAAGGAGAGGACGGUGUGAACCUCCCAGGAGAGGAGGGAUGAAUGAGGGAGGGGAGGGAGAGGAGUGAGGAGGGGGGGGGGGGGGAGCUGGGACGCUUGGAUGAUUUGGUGUGAAUGCAUGCAUGUAUUGGUGUGUACGCAAGUGUGUGUUUUGUGUGUGCUUUUUUGUUGCAGGGUGGGUUUUUGAGAGCUGUUUGGAGAGGCUUUGUGUGUGUGUGUGUGUGUGUGUGUGUGUGUGUGGGCGAACAUAAUGUGUGGGUGUGCUUUGAAUGUUUGUGAGUGAGUGUAUGUGUGUGUGCAUAUUAAUGUAUGUAUGCAGCCGCUUCCUUCCCUCCAUCUCCAUUUAUGGCAUGUUAAUGUCUGCCUCCUCACUCGAAAGAGCUUCAGACAGUGGUACAGUGUGUGUGUGUGUGUGUGUGUAGUGCGCAUGCCUAUGCCAGGCUGGGUCUGCUGCUGCUGCGUCUCGAUCUAUGUGCUGCAUGCGUGUGUGUCUGGCUUUACGUGAGGACUGCGCAUGUCUGUCACUGUGUGUGUGGGUGGUUUGGGUGCUCAGCUCUGCAAGGUCUGUGUAUGUAUGUGUGUGUGUGUGUGCGUAACAGUGUGUGUGUGAGUGGGUGGUGUGUGCACAGAGGUUGAGAUGAGUGGCUGUUUGUUUUUGUCUGCCUCCUCUGCCUCACACACACAUCUGCAGAGUCACAUAUCUAUACUCACAGCAGAGUCUGUACAUCUGCGCCGUAUCUGAGCUGCAGACGUAUGGCCGCCAUGUUGCACAUCAUGGCUCAGCUGUUUUCUGGACGUGUGAUUGCGUGUUUCAAAAUCAUUCAAAUGCAAAAUGAAGUCUCCUUCUUUUCAAGACUUCUUUCCUGGACGCCCUUUAACGUCCCAUCACUCCACUUCUGUACGGGACGGCAGCAAAACUGCAGCCAGGACACGAGAAUUUCCCCCCUUUUCUCUUCGCCGUCUUCGCCUCUCCUCACCGUCUUUCUCUGUUUCUCUAAUUCCUUUGUUUACAUUUCUCUCCGCCUUCUCUCUUUUUUUAUGUAUACAUUACUAUCCCUCUCCCCUGCCUCACCCCUGUCUCUCUCUCUCUUUUCUCGCACACACACACACACAGGAAAGAGCUAAAUAGCGUCGGUCCCUCGUCGCUUCAUUACGUAAACCAUCAAUUUUUUUUUUUCAUCCACCGCUGCUUCAUUUGUGUCGACUCCAUUUUCUUCAUGGGAUGCAAAUAAAUCCCUGCCAAACUCUCACCCAUACAUCUGUGUGUGUGUGUGUGCGUGUGUGUGUGUGUUUACUGUCUGAAACAACAGAUGGGGCUGCAAAAUAUGUGGCUGCUGGAGUCUGUGUGUGUGCGUGUGUUCGUCAUUUGAAUGCAAGUAUGCAAAUACAAGGGUGUAGGUACGUCUGACCAGGCGCACCAGAGCUUUUUGUGUAUUUGUGCGAGUGUGUGCUCCCACCCCCCCCACUCUCAUGGGACAGUGUGUUGUGAUUGAGUGUGUACUGCACCUUAAAUAAUCAGACUAUCGAUAAGAAAAAAAGGUCUACAUGUCCCUGUAUACCCCUGAUCCCUGCGGCAGACCAAUCAGAUCAUCCACAGCCAAUCAGGGCGCGAUAAAUGGCCAGACUGUUUGAACCAAGUGGCCAAGUGGGGUUAAAGAAAUAAUUACAAUCAUCCCAGUCUUGAGCAGUGAGGAAGGAGGGAGGAGGAGGGAGGAAGAGGAGGGAGGGGUGUCGUUCUUCCUGAGGAGGAGAUGUUUGUUAAGAAUCUCCCAGGACAGAUGAGGCAUUGCGGCAGUCUGCCGUCACACGAGCGAAGCCACAAUCCAGACAAAGAGACGAGAGUGAGAGGGAAGAGAAAGGGAAGAGAAGGGAGGGUAACACCAGAGAGAGGAGGAGGCGGAGGAGGAGGUGAUGGUCUCUCUCUCUCUCUCUCUCUCUGCCCUCAUGGCACACAGAUAAAUACCUGGCUGCUUGUUUGUUUUCGCAGCGUGGCGUUUUUGCGGAGGGGUUGGGUCGAGGGAUGAAUGACUGAACGAUGAUGUUUUUUGUCCCCCUAGAAGAAAAGCGCUCUCUUACUGGACACUGACAGAGAUCCAGAGACAGAGAUGAAGCUUCCAAAAGUUGAGGCAGAAUAGAGGAAAAAAAAAAUUGCACUAACUAUUUGUACAAGAGCGUGAAAAUGUCUUUUGUGACUGGAAACACAUUUGUGCUUAAGAUCGUAACAGCCAGGCAUUUAAAAAAAGGACAUAAGAGGAGGAGAAGUUUUCCUUUUGAAGCAGCAAGAUUGCGUGUCGACGAUGUAAAAAGGUGUUUGAGUAAAGUUGAACUCUUUAGUACAAACUGUCAGAAAAGAGGAGGGUUGCUGCGUCGUCGUCUUUUUAGUGAAGUUCAGAGUAUUACGCCGACGCAGCAGGUCCUGGUAGGUAAAUAAACUUCAUCUAGACUUGGAAAUUCUCGCUGAGGAAAACAAAUCUAAUCCACCAAUCUCAGAAUUUUGUUCUGGUCGAUACCCAAACCGACCCACGGUAUAUUUGCACACAUGGAAAAAACACUUGAAAUUUGACUUUUCGUUCGUUUUCAGUCUCAAAAACAUCCUCCUCUUUGUUUGCCUUUUUCUUGUGCCUGUCCUGUGAACUCUUGCGCACAUGUAGCUGAAUGUUUUACCCCCACUGUCCUGUCCGAGCACUGAGUGAAUGAAAAUGUGAAGACCGGUUUGGAAAUCUUCAUCUUCAUCAGAAUUAGAAAUACCAGCAAAGUCAAACGAGUGAUCAAUUCGACGAUUCAGAACAGAAACACCGGCCAGUUUUCUUGGUCUUUUAUAAUAAAGUUGAAUUAUCAUUCGGCUUGUAGACUGUUGGAUGGAAUGAUAGAUGGAGUUAGAAGACAGAGAAGAGAGAGAUACUCUACUAGAGACUGAGUGAAAAAGCUGCAGACGGACUUUCUUGUAAUGUGGGGAUUAAAAAUGUAUUUUUCUUUAAUCUGGCGGCACCUUAGCUCCAUUCUGCAGGGGGAGGACCCACUGUAGAAGAAGUAGUAUCCAACCUGAACGCUAAGUUUGAAACAGUUGUAUAACCCUGAAAAGUAACUUGUCACUUUGGAGGAUUUUGAAAAGCGGAGUCGAGUUAAGGAGCUUUUUAUCCAAGUUUUACGUCGGUGCUUGGCCCGGUUUCUCCUGGCCUCAUGUUGUCUUCUGGAUGCACAGGGCUUUGAACUGGUUUAUAGGAUGAACGUUUUAGAAAAAAAUUGGCAUGUUUUUAAAGCACAGAGAACAGGAACUUUUUUCUUUUUUUUUGCUGAAUAUAUGUGUCUGUGCCUGUUUUUAUCUCCUCUUUGAUUCAAAUGAAACGUUAUCGGUCAGUAGUUGAUGCUACUGAGAGGGAAAAGGAGAGAAUUGAAGAGGUUUUUGAACACUCCACUGCCCUGCAAAGAGCAAAAAUAACAGAAAAAUCAAACAGUCUAAUGAAAGAGAAAACCUCCUUGUGAACUUUGACCUUUGUAGGGCAGCUAUUGUCUGAGCACACAUCUACAGCUAAGUGUUGAGCGGGGAUAGAUAGAGCGGAUGAUAGGAGUUUCGAAGAAGAGCUUUGUACACAUUUCUUUUCGUUUUGCAUUCAUUUUUCUGUUGCUGUUAUAUUUUCGUUUUCUACGUUUGAGCUAGAGUACUGUAGUCCUCCAGAGUUAUUUUUUAAGACAGAUGCUACUAACAUUUUGGACAUUAAUACCUGUACGUAGAGUUUGCCAAGUUGUGUAAAGAGAAAACGCGAAAAAAGAGAAAGCGGAGACAUGUUUAGCUGUAAAAUAGUUUAGAGAAAGAGAACCACAUAUUUUUGCAUUGUUGUAUGACUGAGGUGCUGCGGGAGGGGAGGGGGAGGGUUUUUAACGCUGGAUCAGAUGUUUGCUGUUUACUGCAGCUGUGGUCGAGGCGGGAUCUGCAGACGGAUGGAUGGACAGUGGGGACAGAUUCAAGGAUGCUGCGCUCACAUCAUUUUAAGACGACAAGUCUGAAUGUCUGCUCUCAAAAAAAUUCUCGUCCUGGAAAAACUCGUCUUGUGACAAUAAAAACGCAUCUCCUCGCCAAGUUUCCAUUCACUUCCAUUCAAAAAGAAAAAAAUCGACCAAAAGUACGUUUACUUGACCUGGUUCUUGUACCAGCUUUUUACAAAGAAUAAGCUACUGCUGCUUGAAUGUUUUGUUUUUUCUAUAAACGCGCCCUGGUGGAUGAAAACAGCUACUGCAGCUAAAGAGAAGAGGGGGGGCUCAUCAGCUGUAGUACCUGCCUGCUCCAUCAGAGGGCGACCUCCCAAGAAGCAGUGAUCCUUCACAAGCUACGAUUGUAACUAAAGAGUCUCGAUCACUGUAUUUAUCUGAGCACCUUAUCAGCGGAGCGCUGGAGGCUUCUGCUGCUCAUUCUUACAAAAUCAGACACAAGACGCAAACCUGCAGAGACGUCCGCCAAACGUGGACCAAGAUGCCAAAAAAAAAAACCAAGUUGUUGGCAGAUUGAAAAAUGCCGACAUGACUUCCAAAAAGCAAACGGAGCACUGCUGUCGCUUUCUGUCCUCCAACUGAUCCAUCCACAAACCAUUUCGUCUGUUUUUUCCCACUUCUGAUCGCCGCCUCAGCUGCUGACCCACAGAGAGAAACAAAAGUGACAGAGAGAGAGUGAAAUAAUCUUAAAAAAAAAGCACCUUUGGGCGAGCGCUCGACUGUCCAGUAGAGCCAAAGCCCUCUGCACCUUUCUGAGCACGCUCACUGUGUCACUUCUGUCUGUGGUUUGGCUGCUGGUGUAAACAGAGGGACUUUUUAUUUUCCUUUUUUUUUUUUAAUGGGGAGGCGGGGAUCGAGAUGUAAUGUGAGGGUUCUUUUUGUAAGUUCCUUAUUUUUGUUGUUUUUAUCUUUUUGUACAAUUAUUCCCUUUUUUAUUUUGUAUGUUUUCUCCUCUCUCUUUAUGAUGUUUGGUUGUUUACUGUUAAGACCAUGACGAUGAUGAUGAUGAUAAUGAUGAUGAUGAUGAUGUGCCCAUUGACCUGUCUCCCCCCAGGUGGAAAGGGGGAGCAAAGACUGUGUAAACUCUCCUCUGAAUUGGGGGGUGGGGGGGUGGAGAUGAUCCAGAAAGGGUUCCUGAAGUGGUUUGAGGAGUUUUUGAUCAAUUUUUUGUUGAAAACAAAGAAUGAAAAAUCUCUGUGAUGGGUCAGAUAACUCUGCAAGCAUGGACAGACUAAGGGUUACAGUCUGACGGUGCCAAAACCGGCUCAGAUUUUUGUGGAAACAUCUACAAGGAUGCUGAUUCUAAAGUCCAAAUCCAUGAAGAGAACAAACACGGCGACUCUGACCAGUGUGGCUUCUGUCAAAAUGCUUGUUGGGUUUGACCUUCAUGGUCGUUUUUAUGUCUUGAAACAAUCUGCUUGGUGAUCAUGUGACCCUUUUUUAAUUUCUCCAAAGAAGUCAAGUUGUUUCAGGAAAAAUCCACCCUCGACGAUCAAACUGUUGUUCAAAAUCACUUUUUUCGAUUGAGGCCAAAUCUGGUCUCUCUCUUUGCAGCACAAGCUUGACUGACCUUUGAGUCAUAUCCAAUCAUGUUUUGAGUCGCAGACUUUUAGAUUUUCAUGGCAGAUCAGGGGGAAUUACUGCAACUUUUUCACAAAGUGUAAACUGAGCUCCUGUGUUGUGGUGUUUCUGACCACAAAAUAAGUGAAAGUCCAACAUUCAAGCUCCUUUUUGCCCUGUUUUGGUCGCCACCAUUUCCCAUUUCAGACAUGCACACAGUUCCUGAAAAUUUCCCAGAAUUACCAAAGAUCAUACUGUCAAAAAAAAGUGGGAAUGUGUUUGAUCCUCUAUUAGACAAUCUGUCCUAAGAUUUGAGAGGAGCUCACCUCCAUUGAUUGUUGUCCUUUAUCAAAUUUGCAGGUUAGAGCGCCUGAAAAUUUCUGGACAUUUUCAGGAGUGCACGUCUGCCAGUGGCUUUGGUCUGCCUGCAAACAACAGAAAGCACACAGACUUUUAACUGAGCUGCUUCUCUAAAACAGAGUCAGAACCAGGGCUGUAGGGGGGGAAUACAAGGGGUUCGACGCACUCUCUUUAUGAACUAACUUGUUAGUAUGACCUUCUCAGUUUUUACAGCCCUGCAGCAGUGAAUUUUGAGUUAGGGAUAGUGGUUGAACAGUAUAGCUGCAGGGCUAUAAAACCAAAACACCUCACUCAAAGAAACUAAAAUGCUUCGGCAGCGGCGAGGCUUGUCACAGGGAGUCUGAAGCGAUGGAUUGAGAGCAACAAGAGAGGAGUCAGAGGGUGGAUUUUUCCUGUGUAGGAACCCUGCUGAGACCCUGAAGGAAUGUAACAAGUUGUGUCAUUAAGUGUGCAAAAACUGGCUUCACUUGAGAUCAGAGGAGUGAGGGAAGUGAAUCUUUUGAAUCAAGAAAGAUCAUGUUUUAUCUCUCCCUCUCCAUCCCUCCCUUACUCCUCCUCCUCUUCUCCCUCAGUGCUGCGGCUCGACCUCAUCAACCUCAAUCGCCCCCUGACCCUUUUCCCCCCAUUCCUUCUCCCCCUCCGGUCUCCUCUUUCUCCUGCUGCCUGCAGGUUUGUAGUCUCCUAUCCAGAAACAUUUACGCCGCUUUUUCCUCAAAAUCCCCACACACCAGAGACAACUCAUACACUCACAAAUAUACUGUAAAUGUACAAAUGAAUACAAAACGGGCAAACCUCUGAGAUACAGACACCGGCACGCACACACGCCUGCACACUCGGGAUGUGUGUCAGGACGUGUGUGCGCGUGUCUCCGUGUCGCUGAUGCAGUUUAAAAAAAAAAAAAAAAAAAAGUACCAGUUUACCUCGGGAGCUCUCAGCCAUAGCAGACCUUAAUCCCCUCAGAUAUGUCAGCGCUGCGAGCAGCUUCUGAACUGCUGUGGCUGCCGUUACAAAGCAGGUACAUUUUUGUUUUUCAGGAACAAACCGGGGGCCUCAGCAGAGCGCCCUCGGACCAUUUUGAAUGCAUUCAACGCAGGGUUUUUACAGGAAACGGAACUCCAUGUCAACACAGUCUUACCUCAGAAUCACGCUACAGAACAGGAAGGGGGCGGGGCUUACACAUACAAUCAUAGCAAAGGUGAAUGACUAUUUUUUAUUCCCUCUCUUCCUUGUCUCUGGUGUUGUCGGGUGAAAGUAACUGCAGAACUCUUUCUUUUACUCUUUUUUUUUCCAGUAUAAAUAUAUAAAUAUAUAAACUGUACAUUAUGACAUAGAAGCACUAUCGAAGUUUGAUUGUUAGAUGUGCACUCGCAGCAUGAGGUAUUAUUCUUUAUUAUUCUUCAUAACCCAGAAAAAAAGUGAAAUAAGAAAAGCUUUUUGGAAGUAAACAAAAAAACGAGAACAAAAACAAACAAUGCAGUAGCAUCUACUGAUGUCAAAGAAGAUACCCGACCUCACCCCUGCCUCACACCAAACACACACACACACACACGCCCCCCAGACCCCUGUACCAAACCCUGACGUGUUACAACGCCCCACCCUGCCCCGCCCAUCCAAGCGAUCGCCCUGACUCCGCCCCCUGUCCUGCCCUGUGUACAUGCCAGUGUUUCCCCCAUGUGUUCCAAGUGCCAAUAACUUUGUGAAUUCCUAACUGUGACCCAGUAAUAAAGAUAAUUGCACAUUAACUACUGUAAAGAGCAAAAGAAACCAGACUGAUUCAAAAUGAGGAAAAAUCUGAAUAUCUUAAUAAAAAAGUUUUUAACAAACAGGACUGAG